AUGAAUCAGUUACCGCUGGAGGACAGGAUGGACGCCAGGCUGGACGCCUUGGAGUGCCACUUCACCUGGGAUCUGGACCCCAGUCAGUCCAAACUUUACCGUCUCAGGGACUACCUGGAGGACAUCGGCACCGAGGAGGGCUACAGUUGGCUGGGUCACAUUUACAACCUGCAGGGCUAUGUCCACUACAAGCUGGGGUUGCCCGACGAUGCCCAGCGUUUCUUCAGCAUGGCUGCAGAGGCCUUCCGCCAGAUGAGAAACACUGUCUCAGAUGAGGGUCCCUGGUUGGUGAUAAACUACGGGAACCUGGCCUGGCUGCACUACAAAAGGGGAGAACAAGCAGAGAGUCGGGCUUACCUGUCACAGGUUGAUAGGCUAAUAAAUGAAUAUCCAUCUCCAUCCGAGAUCUACGCUGAAAAAGCGUGGACCCUGAUGCAUAUCGGCGCAGAACAAAGGCAGCAGGCUGCUGAAUAUUUCCAGAGAGCCAUCAGGAUGCAGCCGGACAUGGUGGAGUGGCACACCAGCUACGCCUUAACAUUAUUCAACAAACAAAGAGACCAAGAGCUGGAGGAUGCCGUCUUGGAGAAAAUGAGAAUCGCCAGGAUGCAUGAUCCAGAGAACUUGUACCUUGCUGCGCUUUACCUUGUUGCACGUGCAAGAAAAGGGCAAAACGUACAAGUCGAAGCACGUGAGUUGGCCCCAAGGGUUUUAAAAAAGCCCGUCAGCAGCUAUGGUGGCAUCAAGCCAUUGCUAAUGCUGUACAGGAUGCAUGUAUCCAUGGAUGAGGCUAUCGAUUUGGCCGAGGAUGCUUUGGGAAGACAUCCAGAUGAACGUUAUCUGAAGUUCUGUGCUGCACUUAGUUACAAGAUGAAGAUCUUUUUUCAGGUGGACAGCCCCCUGGAGGAGGGCAUGGUCAACAGAGCAAUCAGCCUCUGUAAGGAAGUGAUUUCUCUUUACCCUCAGUCUUCACUGAAAAUGAAAGUAGCUCUUGCAGACAUAUACGCAAAGUCAGGUCGCAUAGUUGAAGCUGACCAGUUGUACGAAGAGAUGCUAGAGGGUAAUCCAGGUCCUGAAGACACACAGGUGCUUUACAACUACUAUGCAAAACAGCUAAAUUUCACACGAAAAGAGAUUCACAGGUCGAUAGAAUACCACAUGAGGGCGGCAGAGAUACCGGUACCAUCGACCUAUCGCGACAACAGCAUCAGAACUCUGAGGAGGAUUCUGGAAAGGCAAAGAAACCGAAUGUGUGGGGAAAUACAAGAGUUUCUGGAUAACCUACAACUCUGACAGUCUCUAACUAAGACGCAACUGAGCUUAACAUAGUGUAUAAAACUGUGGUGUAAAAUAACCUGAGCUGACAUGACAGCACAAAGAGUCUUGGUUAGAAAAUCAUCAGUUGUGCAAAUAAGAUAAUUAUUUUGACUCAUGGCAUUAUGAUUUUGUUUCAUGAAAAUGCAGAGACAGCCGUCUGUUAUCUGUGUUAGAUUUAUGUUAAUGACAAUAUGACAAUGAUAAAGGGUCUAUGAUCUGAUGG